AUGGGAUUCGAGAAAGCGGGGGCUGAGAGGAAGUUGCAACUACAAGAACUGGAGUUUCUUCGCCUAGAAGCUUAUGAGAACUCUAGGCUAUACAAAGAGAAGGUAAGGGCUAUGCAUGACAGGAAUAUCAAGUGCCGGGAGUUCAGACCUAGGGAGUUGGUUCUCCUUUACAACUCCAGGUUGAGACUCAUGCUAGGCAAGCUGAGAUCAAAAUGGGAAGGCCCCUACAGAGUGGAGAAGGCUGAGCCAUAUGGCGUUUUCCACCUGAGGCACCCUUCUAGUCUCCACAUCCUCAAAGUUAAUGGUCACCGGUUGAAGCUUUACCAAGGUGAGAAGAUGAAAGACAAUAAGGAGCUGGAGAUCCUUCUCUUCGCGGAUCCACCCACAGGAGUUGACUGA